AUGGGCGCGUUCGACCCCGUGCAAACGUUCGAAAAGGGCACAUACAUCGAAACGGACACGGGCAACAAGGUCUCGCGCAAGGCCACCAUCCUCGGCGCGACCAACAUUAUCCUCGGUGGCAAGAGCAUUAUCCAGACCCGUGCCGUGAUCCGCGGCGACCUCCGGCGCUCGGCGCCGGGCCAGCACGUCGUCAUCAGCAUGGGCCGCUACUGCCUCGUCGGCGAGGGCGCGGUCCUCCGCCCACCGGGCAAGAUCUACAAGGGGGCUUUCACGUUCUACCCCGUUCGCAUUGCCGACUUUGUGCAUAUUGGCGCCGACGCCAUCGUCGAGGCGGCGAGUAUUGGCCAUGGAGUGGAGAUUGGCGCUGGAGCCAUUGUCGGCAAGUUUUGCAUCAUCAAAGACCUCGUCCAGAUCCUCCCAGACUCGGUCCUGCCCGACGGCGCCAUCGUCCCCUCCAUGACGGUGUGGGGCGGCAACCCAGCCCGGAUGCUGAGCUCCCUGCCAGAAACGUACCAGGAGACCAUCGAGGAGCGGUGUAAGAGCUACUACCAGCGGUUCCGUGCCGUGUAG